CUGAAUAUGCGGUUCCUUUCCACUCUCGUCGCUUCGGCGCUCAUCUCUCUCGGCAAUGCUGCUGCCAUUGCUCGAGGGGAUGUCCCUCCCGUGCCUCAGACCCAAUACGAUGCCAUCAUCGUGGGAGGUGGUCCUGCUGGCCUCGCUGCCUUGAGUGGCCUUGCUCGUGUGCGUCGAAAUGUUCUCCUCAUCGACUCGGGGGAGUAUAGAAAUGCUCCUACUCGACACAUGCACGAUGUCCCUGGCUUCGAUGGUGUCACACCUGCGUACUACCGCUGGGCCGCGCGUAAGCAGCUGUCUUACUAUGACACUGUCAAGAUGGAGAAUGGAACCGUCACCGACAUUAAGGCUCGCGACGAGAACACCUGGUUCUCUGUCACUGUCGACUACGGUAACAAGCAGAAGAAGACCUUGACCGCACGCAAGAUCGUCCUCGCCACUGGACUUCGUGACAUUCUUCCCGAGACACCUGGCGUCGAAGAGGCUUGGGGCAAGGGUAUCUUCUGGUGCCCUUGGUGCGACGGCCACGAGCACGCCGAUCAGCCACUCGGACUCCUCGGCCCUCUAGACAAGGUUGCUGGCAUGGUCCGUGAGAUGCUGACCCUGAACACUGACAUUGUCGCCUUUGUCAACGGAACCGACACUCGAGAUUCCCGUGCCCUGGCCGCCAAGGAUCUUCCUAAGUGGGAGGCAUACCUCAACAUCCACAACGUCACGGUCGACAACCGCACCAUCACCGAGAUUGAGAGGGUUGCCGAGGGAGCCAACGAGCACGCAGACCCCAGUCUUCCCAGUGUUCCUGAGAACGACUGGUUCAACGUCAAGUUUGACAAGGGAGAGCCCGUCGGCCGAGCUGCGUUCCUGGCCAGUUUCCCCGACGAGCAGCGAUCUGACGUUGGAGAGAAGGCAGGAGUUCAACUGUAUGGUGGUCGUCUGGCUGCUAACCAGUCUGCGGGUCUUGUCACAAACAUUCCCGGCAUCUACGCCGUUGGUGACGCCAACUCGGAUAACGUCACGAACGUGCCACAUGCCCUCUUCAGUGGCAAGCGGACAGCCGUGUUCCUACACGUCAAACUCGAGAGAGAGGACCAAGCCGAGGAGCUUGCUGGAGAGCCCGCCAAGCGUGACACCCAUCUGCAGGCACGCGAUGUUUGGGAGGCGAUGAAUGGCAAGCGGGGAGAUAUGCUGUAUGCUGGAAAGUUUGAUCAGUAA